GGCACACUGAAGCAGGCCUCUUGAUGCAGCUCAUCACCAGGAGUGACGAGCUGGAAAACAUGGUCGUCCCUCAGUCAUCGCUCGAUCUAUGCAGUGCGCCAGGAUUGUGGAAAGGCAUGGGACCUGAUGACUCUGUCUAUGAGGAUCUUGCAAAGUGAAACCUUUCAUUAAUGAGGGAUCAUUGUUCACAACUUUUGACCUGCAUGAUGCAACAUGUACGGCUGACACUCAGCUCAAAUCGGGCGUUCAACUCAGCGGUCGCGACCACAAAAUAUUGGCCUUGCUCUAUGCGGGCCGAUCAUCGAACCGAAACAGCCAGGCCAGCAAUGCGUCGAUCCAAGCAUCAAAUCCACCAGUGGGCGCCACAUGAUUCGAAGAAUGACGGAAGCAACAGUGGUGCAACAACAUCAAGCUUCGUAUCCACAUGGUCUAGCGGUCCAGCAGGCGCCACAAACGCUAAACGUCAAUCACAGCUUGUCCUCUGUGCGGUUCAUGAGUUAGCCGUAGAAUUCCAUGUAGCAUCGCACAUCCGUCCCGACCCGAUGCGACGCUCACUGCGAUCUACAUCGAGUGAAACUCUGCAAGAGCAAAGCUCAUCCCUGAACUGCGCUCAAUACUGGGGUGAGUUUCUACCAAAGCUUGCCACCUCGCGGACCACGAGGUCAAUUGCGCUACAAGUAGAUGGCAAGGUGCGGAAGUCCACUUUGCUGUAUACUUGACAGAGUCGGCCACAGCUCCUUCGAAACAUUCUACAGAUAGACUAUCAGCGUAAUGUAAUUUAUGUCGUGCAACAGAAGCUGUAUGUUUUGACUAACUUGGAGUCUCCCUUUGCGCCAUGAAAC